AUGGAAAUUCCAAUUGACUUUUUCCAUUACAUCAAUGACCAAUAUUUCGACAGUGAUGAUUCAAGUGACAUGGUUAAGGGUGCACAUGUGUGCUUUUAUAAACUUUCCAGUAACUAUUCAAGGAAUAAAAGUUUGUAUGAUCAUGGUGAGCUCAUAUUUAAAAGGAACGGUAAAGCGAUAGAUGUUUCCUUCUUGAAUAUCGGUGAUGGAGAUGAACAAGAACAAAUAGCUGAGCAAAUUUUUCAUUUACACGCAAGGGUAUCCGACAGAAUACUUAUCCGUCCAUGGAUGAUUGCAUAUUGCAAACAGAAUAAGGAGGUACGAGCGGAUGGUGGAGUCUCUGUUAUGAUAGAUUCGACAUUUCACUUUCUGAUUGGCAAGUUAAGACAAUUAAUUGAUUUGAUCUCUCACAUCCAUGCUGAGGGGAUUUUCCAUGGUUCCUUGCGGACAAUGACAAGUUAUGUUUUUGUGGGUGACACACUCAAGGUGAUGAACAUAGGAGGAGGACUUAAGGAACAAGACAAAGUUGCUUUCCAAGACUUCAAGGAUUUUAGUCGGAUGCUGCGAUCUCUAUUUGAACCGUUUUUGAGUUGCGAUACUCAAUGGCCAGAACUUACUAGCUUUCUUGGUUGUUUCAACACUAAAUUACAAGAUUACCCAAGGUAUGUUAAGAAAUUGUUGGAACACCCAUUUUUGAUGGCUCCUAGUCAGAGGAUGCAGUACAUUGGUGAACUUCAUCAUAAACUUAAAAGCACGCAUAGCGAAUUGCGCGAAAAAUUGAACUCAGAUGAUUUUCUAGAGUUCUUCGAUUGGAACGAACCAGUAGCCAUCAAUUCUUUGGAAUCAUUUUUUAUUAAAGUUUUUAAUUAUGAGGAAGUUAAACCGUAUAAACGUCAGCCAUCAGACCUUCUAAAGUUCCUACGAAAUGUCUAUGAGCAUUGUAUGGAUCGUUCAAAAAAGGACAUUGAGGAAGUGGAUAUUGUGCAAGUGGAAGCUGCUGUUAGAAAGCAUUGGGGGGGUUUUUUGGAUCGCGUUCACGUCCUGUUCUCAACAUCAAAAAUAUGCUAA